ACCUCCCCACCUCCUCCUCCUCCUCCUCCCCCUCUUCUUCCUCCUCCUCCUCCUCCUCCCCCUCCUCCCCCUCCUCCUCCUCCCCCUCUUCUUCCUCCUCCUCCUCCUCCUCCCCAUCCUCCC